UUCUGUUUUCGACUCAUUUUCGGGAUCAGAUCUUUUUGAGCUUGUUCAAUACAGUCGGUCUUUAAGCGGUCAUUUUAAAUUAAUAAUCGACGAAUACUCUGGAGUAUUUGCUAUUUACGAUUUCACUAACAUUUUUAACCUAUAACUGGUAUAUUCACUAGUUAAAAGUCUUCCAAAUUAACAUUACCAAAGAACGAUUCAACAGAAUCCAAUCGUUCAGCAGCCGCACACGUUGUAACAGUUGCAAAAGCUGGUUUAAGUGACUGGCUAGCUGUAGCCAGGGAAGCAGGAGCGACUCGUUGUUCAUCUAAUGUAUUUAGUAGCGUUUACAAAACUAGUAGGAUACCGUGGAGAGCAAAAACAGAAGGUGGAGGGCAUUUACUGUAACUGACAGAUAAGAGAUGGAAGGUGAUGACUGCAGUUUUCCUCCAGAUUUAUCAGAUGAUCAUUCACAAAGAGGAAGCGUUGCUUCCUCUGCAACACUUACACGUGCUCAAGAUGUGCUCGUAUACUUGUGUGGUGACAGCGCAAUACACUUAUCUGUUGAAGGGCUUGGCAGCGUCACUGUGCAGGAAUUAGGCCGUAGCGUCCGUGAGGCUCUCAAUAUUCCUGAUUCGGUGCAGGAUGCCUUUGCCUUUUGGCUUUGCUCUCCACUGCUUGAAUUGCAGUUAAAGUUGAGGCAUCAACCUUAUAAAUUAAGUCGGCAGUGGCAGGACUUGCUGUAUCGCUUCACAGGUGCAUCAGAAGAGGACAUUUUGCAAGAUGAACCAUGUCUGCAGUACAGACGCAGCGUGUUUUACCCAAAGUCCAAGGAAUUACAGAUAGAGGAUGAGGGUGUGUUGAGACUUCUUUAUGAGGAGGCCAAGAGCAACAUCCUCACGGGACGAUACCCCUGUGACCCUGAGCACUGGACAGGUCUUGGAGCUUUGUCUCUUGCCCUUGAUGAGGGAACUGUUCUGGACAGCCAACAGUUCACUACUGUUAUAAAAGAGAAGAAGCUGUCUGCUUUCCUGCCUGCACACGUUGUCAUGGGGAGCAAAAGUUUUUUCUCUACUCUGCGAGGGACCUCGAGCCGUCAAUCAGGGCUGGAGCAUAAGCUCUUUGAGGAGUACAUGAAGGUCCAAACAUCUGCUGGGAACUCUCCGGAGCCCACACAGCUCCUACACCAAUACCUCACUCUCUGCCACACUCUGCCUUAUUAUGGGUGCGCUUUCUUCUUUGGGGAAAUUGACAAACCAGCGCAGGGAAUUCUCCAACGGGGAAAACACAAAGCUGUCAACGUUGGGAUCUGCUUGGAUGGUGUUUAUGUGAUGGAUGUGAAGGAGAAGCAUGUGCUCCUUGGCCUGCGUUUCAGCGAGCUCUCCUGGGACCACAGCUACCCGGAGGAGGAGGGGGACUCGCACAUUCUGUGGUUGGAAUUUGAUGGAGAAGAAGAUGGUGUUCCUGUCAACAAGUUGCUAAAAAUCUACUCAAAACAAGCAGAGCUAAUGAGUGGAUUCAUUGAGUUCUGUGUGGAGCUGAAGUCUGCGUCUGAGGGUGGAGCUGCCGCCGAGGAGGGCAGUGAGGCUAGUCUGUCUCAUCAGGCCGUCAGGCCAGAGGGCAGCGCUGGGAACGGACGUGGAGGACGGCGCGGGAUGCUGCACAGGCAAGGCAGCGUUGUGUGCAGUCGGGUCCACUCGCUUAACACCAUCAGCUACGUGGAUAAUGGAAAAGAAAUUAAACGGUUGAAGCCGAAAAGAGCUGCAUCUUUCUUCACCCGACAGGCAUCGACAUCCACCUACUCUGCUGUGCAAGUGGCUGAGAAUCUAGAGCAAGGUUAACAUUGCUGCCUCGUUCCCCUCAAAGACCAAAUCAGAACAUUUUACACUGAGAUUUAAAAAGAAGAGACUUUUACAAUGUUAACUUGAGAUUUUCUGCUAUUACAUGAACACACAAAGGACCAAGCUAGAGGUAUCUACGUGCGAAUAUAUUUAUCCAGUGAAGUGGUGUAUGCGAGGAGAGUACAGUAAUGUGAAAAAACAAAAUCAGCUAUCUAAAAACUAUGCUUGGAAGGUUGAAGUGGCUGUUCAACAGAUGGCCUUAGCUUAUGAAAUAGGCCCUUUGCAUGCUCUUUCACUGAGACGAGCCUUAAAAAAAUCCACUCUGUAUUUGAUAUGUUAGACCUUUGCUGCAAUUUGCUGUUUUUCAAACAAGUUACACCUCAAAGGAGUAUAACCACUGCAUUACCUCGUUUUUGUUUGGCGGGUGUUUAACAUCUAGAAUGUUGCUUUAAACUUUGGUACUCCUUCUCUAAACAGCUGCCUCAUAAGUCAGCAUGACAAACACUUUUCAAGGGACGGUCUACGGGGUGUGUUAACGCUAUUCUGCAUUUUCAAACUGCCAGUGCCUUGAUCUCGUGAAAGAGUGAAGACACAAAAAGUACUGGUAGAAACAUUUGGUCUUUGUUAUGGGAGCACAUUGGCUGUGUUGUGGAGGUUUUGAGUAAGUACAUGUAUUGAAUUUAGCUAUUAAACUUUAUAUUUUCUGCUGGUUAUCAUGUAUGGUCCCUCGUUUUAAAACCAAAUGUAGUGGAAUAGGCUAAGUUUAAUUUUAAAAACUUAACCUAACAGGAGAAAAGAUGACAUUUUACAGCAUGUACUUGUAGGGUCCACAACUGAAUGUUCACAGUGUAACAUAUUAAGAUUAUUUGCGUUAAAAGAAGAAUGAAAUUGGAUUUGCAAAAUUACAAAAACUUUAUAGUAAAAAAAAAAGUAAAUUAAAAUGAAUAAUAACUCAGCAAUAAGUCUACUAUGCUGUUUUUUCUGCCUGUUGUGAUUUCAUUUAAAGUUAAUGUUAGAUAUUGGCUCCGUAACUAAAAGUGAAAUUCAUGAAAGACUGCCACUCAUCCGUGUAUGGUCUGAACUGAAAAGCAAAUGAAGCCUGAUGCAAUAUUGUGCAACUUCCCCAAAGCUAAAAUGAACAGAACUUUAAUUAAAACUGUUCUACGAGCCAUUUUUCAGCCAGUUUAAAAAAAAAAAAAAAAACACUCAUGGUUGACCACAUUAAAAAAAGACAGGGAACAAUAUCUGUAGAAUGUUAAUGCCUCACUUUUAGCAUUUCAGCUAUGCUUUUUUAAAUUUCCCAGUUGGUUGUUUCAAGUGGAAUCCAUCCAGUUAGUGUUGGUAGAAAGAGAUGAUCAUGUUUCUCAACCGGCAAACAACGUAUGUUUCAGUUUAUACGAAAAAGGGCAAAUCUAAUUUGCGUUGUUAACUAGGGCGCAAUGGCAUCCUCUCUGCAUAUGGUGCAGGCCAACUUUAGGCUGUGCUGUUAAAACCUCUGUCUCCAUACCAAAGCAAUCUUAUCUAACCUGUUGCAAUACUGUAUGCUACCUUAAGAGACAGAUUUCAGCCUCCACCACAUGACAAAGUCCUCAAGCUGUCUCUUUAAACAGCACCCUGAUAUAGGCCGCUUAUGUCAGACUUUAAAUGAUCAACUUUCUUUACUUAAUUGCAAUGAAAGAAGGUUCAGAUCUGUUAAACUGCCCUCUGCCUGAACAUAUGUCCUCAUUUGAUAAGUGAUGGCACCAUGUAUUCCCCACUUUUCAGCAUGCUAACCGCUGAAUGUUCUUACGCUUCAAAAUGUAUCUCAGCUACCGUCUGUAACCUGCAGCAGUCCAACGUCUUGUUGCUAACUUACACUAUGCAUGUCACAUUGUAGAAUAGGCAUUCCAAACAUCUACACAUCAUGUGAUGUUGCACUAUUAAUACUAAUAUACAGUUUAUAAAUCUUUUCCAUUAGCAGGCUGUUUUUUAUUGUUAGCUUUCAUGAGAGAGUAUUUUUACUUUUAUCUUCAUAUACUUGUCCUUGUUUGUAUAAAAGAUGAAGAAUUAGGUCAAAUUAAACAUGUUGUCAAGCAGCAGCAUAAAGUGCCUUUUUGUUUGUACUAAUUUCAUAUCUAAAUGACUGUUUUGGUGCUUUGAAGCCAGGAAUGAACAAUUUUGGAUUGCUAUGGUUGAAAGAAGUGUAUUUUGUUUUGUGUAUAUUUCACAUUAUCAACUAGUAAUGCAUCUACCUUUCCUACUGAUGUUGAAUAUUGUGUUACAGUUAGUCAGUUCUGCUAUAUAUAUAUAUAUAUAUAUAUAUAUAUAAUAUAUAUAUAUAUAUAUAUAUAUAUAUAAUAUAUAUAUAUAUAUAUAUAUAUAAUAUAUAAUAUAGUAAAAAGAUGCAAAGUCUGUAUUAUCUGAAUAUGUUGGUGUAUUAAAUAUGUCACUCUCAGCAGUUUAAGUUCUUUACACUGAAGCCAUACUCAACCAACAUCUUGUAUAUGAUUUUCUUGCAAAACUUCAUUCACAAAACUUUCUCGCUAUUUCUUCCCCCCUGUUUUGGUCAGAACCCAACAAUUGGAGAUCAGUUUUACAAACCAACGGAUACUUUAUAAUUUCUUGGCUAUUUUUACCAGAUGCAUUUAAUGUUUGCAAAAAAUGAUUGUUUAGUAUUUGUUGUUAAUGUGUACAGGGAUAUAGAAAUGUUUUCUUUGAUUAAUCAUGUGGAAAUUGUUUUAAAUGCACCUUAAAUCAUUCUUAAAUAUACAAAAGACAGAUUAAUAUUGCCCAUGAUGCAGCAAUGCAUAUUGUCACAGCUGAAGCUUUUCUCUUAAUAAAGCCACAAUUGGGGAACAAA